UCAGGAGCCGGUGGGGCGUCAAGAGCGCUACAGCGAAUAACGGAAUAAUCUUUAGUCUGAUAAUAGAGACUAAUAUCUAUUAUAUUUCAGAUUCUAUAUUCGUUUUUCAUCAGCUCGGGUCUGUGGUAAUAACGCAUGUUUGUCAGUCAGAAGACGCUCAGGGAAAAAUAUAACAGCGACAUUUCCAAAGCUCCUCACAGGAUCAGAGAUGGGAAGCGGUUCGCGUCAGGAGCCUGCAGACUCUGUGGUCUGGUUUCACAGCUACUUGCACGGAGGGACGUCGAGCCUCAUCUCCACGCUGACCACCCUCGUCACCUUCCCUCUGUACAAGACCGUGUUUCGCCAGCAGCUGCACAGCACUUUGGUGCGAGAAGCGGUGUCCCAGCUGCGCAGGGAGGGUCCGCUCAAACUGUACCGCGGUGUGGCACCUCCUUUACUGAUGAGGUCGCUGAACGGCACGCUCCUGUUCGGCCUCCAGGACACCCUCCUGCAGCAGCUGUCUCUCCGGGACACCAGUGCUGUUCCCAGGACGGCCCUCCCUGCUCUGGCAGGUUUGGGGGCAGGUGUGCUGGAGGCCGUGCUCUUUACUCCAUUCGAGCGCGUGCAGAACGUCCUGCAGAACAGCAGGAACGACGCUAGCCUUCCCACAUUAAGAAGCAUACUGCACAGACUUGCCUCAAAGCCGCCGGCAUCCGGCUACUACACCGCCUUCCUGCCUGUGCUCGUGCGUAAUGCCUUAGGGAGCAGCCUGUACUUUGGGCUGAAGGACCCCAUGUGUGAGACUCUCCGGGCUUGUGGCUGUUCCUCUGUCGCGUCCUCCUUCAUCACUGGUGUGCUGAACUCAAUGGUGAUCAGUCUGCCGCUGUACCCUCUCUCUGUGCUGGUGGCUAACAUGCAGGCCCAGGUGGACGGAGGCGGAGGGGUCAGGAGCAGCUGGAAGAGGCUUUGGGCGGCCCGGCAGCGCAGGCUGGUGCUUCUCUACCGUGGAGGAUCGCUGGUCAUCUUCCGCUCCUGCAUCACCUGGGGAAUCACCACUGCCAUCUACGACCAGCUCAAGAAGCGCUCCAGAAGCUCAGGUUAACACGCGAUGCUGUUUAUAACGGGGAUGUGAUUCACUGCUGGUGUAUUCACUGGUGCGAUGAUGAUGCAUGAGUUGACAAGAAUACUGUAGAUGUCAAGGAAUGAAACUGUACAGUUGCUCAGUUCUAUUAAAAUGCCAAACGAUCCACAUGCAA